AUGGCUGCUGCGGGAACUUGCGGCCGCGAAAACCCUAGCCAAUACUAUGUGAAGGUGGAUGGAUGCCAAGCCAGUCCCCAGUUGCCUGAGAAAACUUGGUGUGUGGCAAAUCCUUCUACCAAAGAAGCAGAGCUUCAGAACAACAUUGAAUUCGUCUGUUCCAAACUUGAUUGCAGUUUGAUUCAGAUUGGUGGCCUUUGCUUCGUCCCUGAAACCAAAAUUUCUCAUGCUUCUGUUGCCAUGAACCUUUAUUACCAAUCCAUGGGAAGAAAUUCAUGGAACUGUCAUUUCGGUGGUUCGGGCUUAAUCGUUUCUACUGAUCCAAGUUAUGAUGGAUGCAAGUAUGAAUGUUUUUAG